GGCGGUAGCAGGGGGAAAGCUGCAUCUACUGGUGUUGUUUGUUUGUACGUUAGCAAUUUCCGCCCGAGUCUUCACUCCGGGACAGAUUCGACAAAUCGACGAUUUCGUGGAGAAAGUAAUGGAGUGCUAUAACUUACCUGGAUUUGCCAUAGCUGCCGUGAGAGGAGAAGAGGCGCACAUAAAAGGAUACGGAAAAAUGGACAUCAAGAACGAUAUUGAUGUUACAGGGGAUUCAAUUUUUAUGAUCGGUUCAUUGACGAAGGCAAUGACGGCCAGCCUAUUGGCGAAAGUCUUGCCAGAAAAACAUAUGAGCUCGACGUGGGACACCAAAGUCAAGGACAUUCUGGGGGACUCAUUUAAGCUGAGCACAGAGGACCUGACAAACGGUGUGACGAUCAGAGAUCUACUGAGCCACAAGACUGGGCUAGCCGCGGGGAUUUAUGGUAUCUUCAGAGGAUACUCCAAAAACAUCACAGCGGCUCGUAUGGUGAAAAAACUUCGCCACUUGCCCUCCGUAAAGCCUCUGAGGUUAAGGUUUGACUACAAUCAAUGGACGUAUAUGUUGGCAAGUCACGUGACAGAAGUACUAGCAGGAGGCACAGAAUCCUGGGAGGAACUAAUGAAGCGUCACUUGUUCGAACCAUUGGGAAUGGACUCUACAGUCAUCGGACCGAAUCUUAGCAAAUUGGCGGCAAAUAAUAAACUUGCCUUACCGUAUCAGUUCUCUAAUGGCAAGCACGAACAAAUGCCUCUAGAAAUAUUCGAUAUCCACCCGGCGCAGGCGGCCGGUGCAGCAUUCUCUUCCGCCAAUGACAUGGCCGAGUGGAUCAAGUUUCUGCUCCGAACACCAAAGCAGAUCGUGAAUGACACGGUGUUUUCUCAGACAAUGCUUUCUACUCAGCACCUGAACAGCGUGAAGGGUCAAAUGAGACCAACAUUUCCAGUGGACAUGUAUGACUACGGUUAUGGUUUGGGCUGGUUCACAUCGGCUUAUCGGGGUAGAAAACUAGUGCAGCAUUGGGGUGAACUGUUUGCCUAUACUGCAACAUUAUGGCUUUUUCCGAACUCUGACGUUGGGAUAUUUGUCAGUACAAAUGGUAAGAUAGAAGGCGGAGGCAUACCAAGGGAACUGAUAGUGGCUUUCAUGGCCGACAUGAUGCUGGGCGAAAACCCAUGGCUUAACACAAAAACAGCGUGUGUAUAUCCCAAACCAUGGAUUUCUAAACCCCCUAAAGAUCUCCCCCAUGGCACAUUUCCGGAGUUAGGCUCCCAGCGCAACCUGUCGGAGUACGUUGGUGUGUAUGGUCAUAGAUUACUUGGCGAUGUGAAAGUGUUCAUCAAUGAGUCCACAAAGAAACUACAGCUCACUCUGGGAGAAAGGGUACGGGCUGUCCUGUAUCCCACAGCUGAAAAAGACGUGUUUAGGUGGGAACUGCAAGCCCCUUUGGCCUUUAUGAACGUUGAAUACCCGAACUAUGACAGCGUCCAUUUCAUGGAAACAAAGGGCAAAGGAAUGGACUCGCUGGUCUCGACCGCCAUGGAAAAACAGUUUGUGUUCAAGACGGAUGUCCGAUUCGCAGACGCAUCCUCCGCCACUGCCAUGUCACGUGGAGUCGUCUGGACGAAAGUCGCAUUCGUUUUGAUUGUGGACAUGUUGAUCUUUGUGUACUCGUGUACUUGGUAAUGACACCAAUAGCAUGAACUACUCUGGACAGGCAAGCGGAUGUUCAAAAUGAGCGGAAGAGAGAGCUGUGUGACCUAUACCUGACGGUCAACAAAGGAGGAGGGGUGGGGGUGCAGAUCCCCCUGUUUUAUUCGACAAAAAGCGAUUACAUCUGUUUCUUUUAGUAUUAUAUAAGUUCGCGACUUGUCUCUUUGCACUGACGCUUUUCUGUACAGGUCAAAAUCUGACGGCACACAAUCAUUCAGAACUCUCCACAACAAUCGCCUUCUUUUGAUGUAACAAGCCCAGAAAUACUUGAAUGUGCUUAUC